AUGAAGAUCCUUCUUCUAUUCGGGCUUGUUGUUCUGGCACAAUGCAGUAUGGUGAAAGUCCCCCUCAGAAAAGGGGAGUCUCUCCGGAGUCGCUUAAGCAGACUGGGGUUACUGGGUGACUACCUUUCAAAGCAUCCUUACAAUCCAGCAACUAAAUACUUCACCAAUUUGGCUCAGGCCUCUGGCGAACCACUACAGAACUACAUGGAUAUUGAAUAUUUUGGGACAAUUUCCAUUGGAACUCCACCACAAUCCUUCACUGUAAUCUUUGAUACAGGAUCUUCAAACUUGUGGGUUCCAUCUGUGGCUUGCUCCAGUCCAGCCUGCACAAAUCACCACAUGUUUAACCCACAAGAGUCAUCCACCUUCCAGUCCACCAACACCCCAGUAUCCAUACAAUAUGGCACCGGCAGUAUGACUGGCUACCUGGGAUAUGACACCGUGCAGGUGGGAAACAUCCAGAUUACAAACCAGAUAUUUGGUCUCAGUCAGACUGAACCUGGCUCUUUCCUGUAUUACUCUCCAUUCGAUGGGAUCUUGGGACUUGCCUUUCCAAGCUUGGCAUCAUCUCAAGCUACACCAGUAUUUGACAAUAUGUGGAACCAAGGACUCAUUCCCCAGGACCUCUUCUCUGUCUAUCUAAGCUCUCAAGGGCAGAGUGGCAGCUUCGUUUUGUUUGGUGGAGUGGACACAUCUUAUUACAGUGGAAACCUAAACUGGGUCCCACUGACAGCUGAAACUUAUUGGCAGAUAACAGUGGACAGCGUAUCUAUCAAUGGACAAGUCAUUGCUUGCAGCGAAUCCUGUCAAGCAAUUGUUGAUACUGGUACCUCCCUGCUGGCUGGACCAUCAACUCCCAUUGCCAACAUUCAGUACUACAUUGGAGCAAGCCAGGAUUCAAAUGGACAGUAUGUGAUCAACUGCAACAGCAUCAGCAACAUGCCAACUAUUGUCUUUACCAUCAAUGGCGUUCAGUUCCCACUGCCAGCCAGUGCAUACGUGCGUCAGAAUCAACAGGGAUGCACCAGUGGCUUCCAGGCCAUGAAUCUGCCAACAAACUCUGGAGACUUGUGGAUCCUAGGAGACGUAUUUAUCCGUGAAUAUUAUGUGGUGUUUGACAGAGCCAAUAAUUAUGUAGCAAUGGCUCCAAUCGCAUAAAGAAGAGUUCAGCUCCUGUCCCUCUCUUUAUCUACGCAGACUGCAUUGUAUAUUAUAUUGGUUCCCAUAACGAUAUCAUUUCCACUUUUACCAUAAGAAAAAAUAUAUGGUAAAAUGAAUCUGUGAAUAGUUUAUUGACUAGCUGUUUUGUCACUUUAACAAACCAUAUUAUACACACUAAAUUUGUGUUGUGUUAGAAUUGCAACAUUUGGAUCAUUUCAUACAAUAAAAGUCUCUGAGCAAUAUGAAAAAUGUG